AAGAAUGAGUUCUUCUCUUUACACGGGUGGCCAGGCCCUUUUCAUAUGCCUGGCGUUCAUUGGCCUCGAUCUUCUGGUCAAUGUAUUCGGACUUGCUUGGAAUGGAAAAUACUUCACGUUCGACAAUAUCGCUCACUGGUUUGAUUUGGCCAACUAUAGUUUUUUGAAAAAUCCAGUAGAUUUUUUGGCGGUUGCGUUGAUUCGUGACAGUAUUUUGCUCGGCGGAGCAGUUUCAGCAUGGGCUUCACCUUCCGGAUUCUCACAAGUCGCCGAAAAUGUCAAGAACGUAGUUUUUGCAAUGAUGCUCUUGAUUGUUGCAUUUGCUCCAUCGAAACUUCUAGCAUUCUAUGAAGAUGACAAUAUCCGGUUGGCAGUUGGUGAUUGGAUUCUUAUGAUUUGGUGUAUUUUCGCUUCACUUCUUCUUCAAGGAAUCUGGACUUCUGUGCUUGCUCAUGUAACAGAAGUUGCAGCAGGAACAGGAGAUUCUCUUCUUUUUGGAGAUGCUGAACACGAGGAGAGACUCCGUCAGGAGGAAGCUGAAAAAGCUGCAGAGCAAAGAGAAACCUUCCAAUUGUUGUUCAGACUUUUGGGCUACAUGGGAAGGCAGUGGAAAUACUAUGGAAUGGCAUUCUUCUUCCUUUUCUGCUACUCCCUUAGUCGAGUGUUCAUUCCAUAUUACACUGGAGAAGUAGUAACAGCAGUAUUCGGUGAUAAAGCUUCAUAUGAGAAGCUUCACAAAACCGUUUUCAUAAUGGGAAUGCUCUCAUUGGCUUCAACUGUAUUUGGUGGUCUUCGUGGAGGAUCAUUCACCUAUGCACACGCUACAAUCGAUCGACAGAUUCGAAAUGACCUAUUCCGUUCUGUUGUGAAGCAAGAGAUUGGGUUCUUUGAUAUGAAUAAAACUGGAGAGAUUUGCUCUCGACUGUCAGCUGAUUGUCAAACAAUGUCGAACACUUUGUCCCUCUACAUGAAUGUUCUUACCAGAAACUUGACAAUGCUCUUCGGGUCUUUAAUCUUCAUGUUCACACUGUCUUGGAAGCUCUCAAUGAUCACUUUGAUCAAUAUUCCGAUCAUUUUCCUCGUCAAUAAAAUUUUCGGAGUUUGGUAUGAUAUGCUCUCCGAAGAAACUCAAAACUCUGUGGCAAAGGCCAAUGACGUGGCAGAGGAAGUACUUUCCUCGAUUAGAACUGUCAAAUCGUUCGCAUGUGAGAAUUAUGAAUCUAGCAGAUUCAUGACUUUCCUCAACGUAACUCUCAAAAUUGCUACUCGCAAAGUCUUCGUCGUUAUCGGCUUGAUUUGGUCAAAUGAGCUUCUUCAAAUGGGAAUCCUCACUAUUGUCUUGUGGUAUGGAGGACAUUUGGUAAUUGAGAAUAAAGUAGAAUCAGGACUAUUGGUCUCGUUUCUUCUGUAUCAAUUCCAGCUCGGGGAGAAUUUGAGAGAACUGGGAGAAGUUUGGAACGGACUUAUGCAAGCCGUCGGAGCAUCUAGAAAAGUAUUUGAGUUCAUUGAUCGUCCACCACGUGUCGAAAACACUGGAACCUAUGCACCUGACGGUAUGACAGGAAAAAUUGAAUUCCGUCACGUGGCGUUCAGUUAUCCAAUUCGGCCAGAUCUGCCAAUUAUGGAGGAUUUGACAUUUACUGUCGAACCUGGAGAGGUUGUUGCACUCGUUGGGCCAUCUGGUGGUGGAAAGUCAUCAUGUAUUGCAAUGCUAGAACAUUUCUAUGAGCCAACAAGUGGAGAAGUUCUAAUUGACGGAGUUCCGGUUAGAGAAUACGAUCAUAAAUUCUUGCACACCAAGGUAGCACUUGUGGGACAGGAGCCCGUACUAUACGCUCGUUCGGUCACGGAAAACAUCGGCUAUGGAUUAGACAAAUACGAUGAUGAUAUGGUACAAAAUUCAGCGAAACUCGCAAAUGCUCAUACUUUUAUCAUGAAUGACACCACUGAUGGAUAUAAUACAAAUGUUGGAGAAAAAGGAAGCCAAAUGUCAGGAGGUCAAAAGCAAAGAAUCGCAAUUGCCCGUGCCCUUGUCCGUCAACCAGUUGUACUUCUUCUCGAUGAAGCUACAUCUGCUUUGGACGCUGAAUCAGAACAUACUGUCCAAGAAGCAAUUUCAAAAAACUUGAAAGGAAAAACUGUUAUCCUAAUUGCACAUAGACUAUCUACUGUCGAGAAUGCAGAUAAGAUUGUUGUGAUUAACAAAGGAAAAGUUGAACAACUUGGAAAUCACAAGACCCUAAUGGAACAAGAAGGACUCUACAAACAAUUGGUCCAACGACAAAUGAUGAGCGGAGAGGAUGGUCUUGAUGACGAAAUUGAGGAGCCCGAACCAGCCCGCGAAGGAGGUUCAGGCCGUAGCACUAGAGCCGGAGCACGUAGAAUUAGAAGUCCAUCACAGUCUGUUAGCCAGUCAUUUUUGGGUACCUCAUUUGCAAGCAGCUAUUUGUAAAUCUUAUUUCUAGCUCGCGAUUUUAUUGAAAUGUUUCUUGAUCUAUUUUAAAUCUGUUGAGUAGUGUUCUUAAAUCUGAAUUACACUUUUUUUUGCUCAUGUUGUUAUCUAUGAAAGGUUUUUUG